CCGUUAUCCCUCCAGAGUCCGGCUCUUGCACUUCCCCAAAUCCCCACACGAACCCACCAAACUCUUAUAUGACAAACAGCGCCUGCAAUCGUUUGUAAAAUAUAAAAACUCAUCGGACUCCGGCCUUUAGGUGCAGCCAAGAUUUGCCUGCGAUUUGAAGCCUCCAUCUUCAACGAAGGAGAUAAACGAUGAAGACCACAAAAGGAGGUAAAGUCAUGAACCCCACCGACGCCUACCGUAAGGAGCUUCGCAAGAAGGAAUUGAAACGGAACAAGAAAGAAAGAAAGAAGGUGAGGGAGGUGGGAAUUUUAAAGAAGGAUCCUGAGACGAUCAAAGACCAGAUUGGGAAGCUCGAAAUGAUGAAGGCCGAUGGUGCUCUGGACAAAGCAAGAAAACACAAGAAGAGGCAACUUGAGGAUACACUUAACCUUGUUUUAAAGAAGAGGAAGGAAUAUGAAGAUAAAAUGAAGGAGAAGGGUGAGACACCGGUUAUGUUCAGCCAUUUGGGACCUCCUCGAAGAAGAACAACCGCUGAAGAAGAGGAGCGAGUCAACAAUCCUAAGCCUGAAGACUCUGUUUAUUAUCACCCAAUGCUAAAUCCUACCGGGGCGCCACCACCUGGAAAACCUCCAAUGUUUAACUCAUCUAUAGGACCCCGAAUUCCUUUAUCAGAUUCAGAUGCUACUGCUUCAUCAAGUGCAGGUGCAUCUUCCUCGGGAAUAGAAUCAGAGGAUGCUACUUUGGCAGCACCUCCACCUCCCCCUCCGCCACCUCCUCUGCCGGAAAGUGGUGACUCUGUACUGCCAGCCUCUUUGCCUCUACCUCCUCCGCCUCCAAUGCCACCAAAACCUGCUGUAUCAAACUUGGGUGUCCCAUUACCUUUCCCACCUCUGCCACCACCGCCGCCUAAUGACCAAGUUGCAAGUCACCCUCUACCUCCCAUCCAGCAGUCUGCACAGCCACAACCACCUGGUACUAGUAUCAGCGAAAAGGGGAGAAAUGUGCCUGCAUUGUCUGAUGACUCAAUCUCCAAGGAUUCAGCUCAGGUACCUACUGCACUCGCUCCACCACCGCCACCUCCUGGGAUGCCGCCUAAAUCGGCUGCAAAUCAGUCGGAAGGUACUUCAUCAGAAACUGAUGCAAAUAAUAAUCCAGCAAUUAGGGAUCAUCUUAAAAUGAUUCCCCCACCACCACCUCCUAGACAGUCAUCUGUCACUGGGCCCUCCCUGAUUCCAACAGUGCAGCCAGAUGUGUUACCCCCAGGAAUAUCACAUUUUCCUCCACCACCACCACCUCCACAAGACGUGCGACCAUUAUUCCAUGCAGCUGCUCCUGGAUUAAUGGCCACAGUUAUUCCAAGGCCUCCCUAUGGACCUCCUCCUGGACCUCCUCCCAUGAUGAGACCCCCUCUUCCACCCGGUCCUCCUCCUGCCUUCCUAGAAGAUGCAAUCAGACCGACUGUUCCUCAGAAGCCAUCAUAUGUUAAAUCUGCCGCAUCUACUGUUGUUAAAAGGCCACUAGCUCAGCAUACCCCAGAGCUUACAUCUAUGAUUCCUGCAUCAGUUCGAGUGAGGAGAGAGACUGCUGCCCCAAAAGCAAAAGCAAAGCCAACGCUCUCGUCUUCCACUGCAACCACCCAGCUUUCUUCUCCUACUAUUGUGAAGCCACAAGUGGUUAACUCAUCAUCCGCGCCAAAGGCACAGAGCAUCGACGAUUCAUAUAUGGCCUUUUUGGAGGAAAUGAAAGAUCUUGGUGCACUUGAAAGGUGAACCCACUAUAGCUGGUGAGGGAUGAAAGAAUGAAUGGAGGUAUUCAACUGUCUAAUACCUUUCAGUCGAACCGAGGAUCAUCUCCUCCAUGUUUUAUUCUGGUCCUCUCAGUGGGUAAUAAUGGUGCUUCCUUGUUCCAUCCCAUAUAGGUUGUUCCAGUCUAGUGUCAUUGGACAUUUUAUCUCCAUAAAAUAUACACUUCUAAACCUCGACCUAGUUGGAAACUGCAGUAGAUUGAAGCUUCAGAAAAAUUAUAUUACCCCUGAUUUUUUUUUCUUCAUUCAUAACCUCUUCAUAAUUUUAUUUAUCUUGUAAUUGAAUGCCUUUACUAUGUAUUUCCCUAGCAUGUUGACCACUUGAUCGUUCA